AUGACAAGAGAGGCGAGAGACGGCAUCAUAUUCACUCCUGCAUACGACUGGAAUUCUUUGACCCGAGAUGAACUCCAAGAAGCAUCUGAGGACCUAGGCACUCUCGUGUCUUUCAUGGACAAGUACAUUCUUCCCCUAGGAAAAGCAAUCGAGGGAGCAAGCGAUGUCCGGGUUCACUACCAAGAGCUAUGGCAUGUCUUCAAACCGGGAAGUAUCGUCUACGUCAAAGAUCCGGCGGUCCCCCAGAAGCUUUGGCGUGUAGUCCAAGGUAAAGGAGGUCAGAGAUCCGAAAAUUGGCGCUCUUCGUCUCAACAAGCCCAUCUCCAGCUAGGAGGUGCUUUGAACGACUUGAAGCCUCUCCCUUUCGUGAUCGAAUGCUAUCACCUGGACUAUGAUGGCACCCGGUUCAUUCGUGUCUUCAAAGACUUCAAGUUUGAGAUAUACAGGGAUCUGACAAGCGUUCGUUCCCUCCCGAUUCUUCCACUGAACGUCGCAGAGCGAGAUGGCUUCAUUAAUGUGGCAGACUGCAAGACCAGAGGACAGGACUUCAUAUCCUACACAAAAUGGUCUUACAGAGCACUCACUUCCGCUGUCAUGAUUUCGGAGGCCGUUGAAAGCCCAGUAGUUGUGGAUUUCCAUCGUUGCCUACAAGAAAUUCCAAGUUGGAAGCCCGGAAGAUCGUCCAGAGGUAGUUGGGGCUUGGCCGGAAAUAACGAAGGACAGAAAACAUCGCUCGAUGAUAAUCCUCCUCCACCCGAGCCCCCAGGAAGAGACGAUGACAGAAUGUGGGAUACUCGGAUGGCCGAGGACGUUCUCAACUAUACCGAUCAAUCUCAGCCUGGAGAGGUAUACGGCCGAGAACCUCCUGAAGGAAAUGAGACUCUCCUGCUUCCCGAUAGGGUUUUUGCUUUUGUUUUGCGUACACGUCGGUGGGCUUGUACACCCCUCGGGUCUGGCUCACUCGAAACUCAAGGACAUAGUCUCACGAGAAUGGGAGAAGAUAAGGAGGCAUGGGACUAUCUUCAAAUAGACGACGGCCACAGGACCAUCAUCAAGUCUCUGAUGGCAACUCACUUUCGCAAGAACAAGUCUGAGCGGCGCCAAUUCGAUAUCAUCCAGGACAAAGGAAAGGGGCUUAUCGUGCUAUUGCAUGGGGUUCCUGGAGUAGGCAAAACUUCAGCUGCUGAAACCGUUGCGGCCUACUACAAUAAGCCAUUAUUGCCAAUCACUUGCGGUGACCUGGGGAUGACUCCAACCGAAGUAGAAUCCAAUCUUCAGGCCGCUUUCCAGAUGGCACAAGCCUGGGAGUGUGUCUUGCUUCUAGACGAAGCCGACGUCUUCCUGGCUGAAAGAAGCCAAGACAACAUUGAGCGAAAUGCACUAGUAUCUGUUUUCCUUCGGGUGAUGGAAUACUACGAAGGCAUCCUCUUUCUCACGACUAACAAAGUAGGCUUCUUUGAUGAGGCCUUCAAAUCCCGCAUGUCCAUGGCCUUGUACUAUCCACCCCUCACCCAUGAGCAAACGAAGAAGAUCUGGGAAGUGCAAAUGAAUCGCACGGAAGGACUCUCAGUCGCAGCUGCGCCAGGGGACCCAUCUCAGCACGUGAGAUUCAACCGCGAUGAGAAUCAUAGCUCUUUCCACCACUCUCUGGAAAUUACAGACCAUGAGAGAUGA